UAAAAGCACAUCAAUAAACUUACCUUAUGAGACUAUAGUUUGCGACAGUGAUAUCAGCUUGGAAUAUACUUCGGAUAAAGAAUACUACAGUGGUGUUUACACUAAAGCCUGGCACAAAACCUUGCACAAAGACGUUAAAACCUUGAUAUAUGAUGCUGAAGUUCUUCCCGAUACUGUUGAAACCUUACUUGAGAACUCUAAAGCCUUUUCUGAUAAUGUUGAAGCUUUAUCUGAAGAUAUUGUAGUCUAUCCUAAUGAUGUUGAAGCCUUAUCUGAAGAUGCU